AAUGAAGAUUUUCAGUCAAAAUCAGCUAGCAUCCGGAUUACUUGGGUGUAGAGAGCUUUAAUGAACUCAAUCCAUUAGCAAAUCACUCUGAAAACUGAAUAGCGACAAUUUUUUAUUAUUUUAUAAUCAAUACAUGCAUACAUACCUAUAUGAUGUAAAAGCUGUCAAUUUACGUUUUAUUAUCAGAGUUGUACUAUACCAAAAAUUAUAUAUAUUCAAUCAGUUAUUUGGAUUGGUUUUGCAAUAACAGGGAUUUUAUAUUACAUGUGCGUUUUACAAUAUGAAAAAGGAUUAAUUGUAAAUUUUGGUAAUAUAAUUGGUUUAACAAUUCAUCGACUUUAUUUUUAUUCAUCAGAAUGUUCAAAUUUUCCAAAUAUUGACUUCAAAACUGAAUUGAAUUUAACACCGUCACAAAUUAAUAUUUGGAUUUGGGUUUAUUUGGCAGUGUCUGUUUUUUGGUUUUUUAGUUCUUUGUCAUUAAUAACACUUUCUCUUAUAACUCCAGACAUCGAUAUUAAACAUUUGAAAAGGACGAAUUCACUACUAUUCAUUUGGAUAUUUAUUGUUUUAUCAUUAUCACUAAUGGAUCUUGGAUUAGGAAUAAUAUUUGGAUUAGAUUUCAAUAUAUUUCAUUCAAAGACAUCUGCACUACAAUUCCCAAAAGAUCCUGGAAACAAUACAACUGGAAUAAUAUUUUUAACACAAGAAAUAGCUGCUUUAAGUAUGAUGUUUGUUGCUUUAAGAGGUUUCAUACUGUGGAUAGUAAAUAUUGCCAUGAUUUUAGUUUUAUAUAAGGAAACUUUUAUUAUUAAAAAGGCACAGCAGAUCAAGCCUGUUGAAGAAGAAAAUUUAAGCAUAGCACAUUCAAUUCAUACAAGACCAGCCGUUAGAGCUUAUGAUACGAGUAGAAAUGAAGCUGUUGUAGCUGUAAGAUCAAUUGAAAAUCGUGCUCCAUCACCAAUUUCAUCAUUAGAUGCUGCUGCAAUUGAGAGAGCAUCUAAGCUAUCAAAUGCUGUUUUGAUGAGUAGAAAGAGUAGAUUUGCGAAUUAUGAACAAUAUCCACCAGAUAAUAGUCAUUUGAAUAAUCAACAUUCUCCAGCACCAGAUUAUUCAACUCAAACACAAAAUAUUGACAAUCCAUUCGUUAGAAGACAAAAUACGAAUUCGUUUUUAAAAAAUCAACGAUAUCAAAGUUAUCUUUACAAUAAUAACAACCAAUAGAAAUGUUUUUUUUUAUUUUCGGAAAAUUAUGUAGUUUUGUAAAAGUAAAAAUGUUAAAUUUGUUUUAUAAAUUCCAUAUGUACAAUUUUAAAAAUUAAUAAAUU